UUAAAUGUAAACCUUUGAUAGGGGAUUUGCAGCUACCUUGUUACUCAAAGAGCCCUGAAAAUACUGAGGCCAUUGCAUACCGGUGUCUCUUACAGUCGACUCCUUAACAUGGCCAUGGACUGAAAGUAGUUGUGGCACGCCGGCCGGUAAAUGCCCGCGGUGUCGCUGACAUUUAUGACUAUUUUGGGAAUGCUAGCACACAAGACAAGGACGUACCGUGCGGUCAGAUUUUGUUCAUGCCGAAGUUCACAGAAAAUAUAGAGUCGGGGCCCGACACCGAAAAGGUGACGGUUAGCACGGAAGGCGUGGUCGCGUGACGUUCCGUGUUUAUGUCGUUUGAGCCAGCUGUCCACAAGUUAACCUGCAAGACCUCCAAACCGUGGACUGUAAACGCGUGUUGAGAGUCAACCCUGCCAGGGUGCCAUGGUCCUCCGUUACACAUGAGCUCUACUAUGUGGUACAUCAUGCAGAGCAUUCAGAGUAAAUACUCCUUGUCCGAGCGACUCAUCCGCACCAUUGCAGCCAUUCGUUCAUUCCCACACGACAAUGUGGAAGAUCUUAUUCGUAAGGGAGCUGAUGUGAACCGCAUGCAUGGCACUCUCAAACCGCUGCACUGUGCCUGUAUGGUGGCUGAUGCUGACUGUGUGGAGUUACUGUUGGAGAAGGGUGCAGAGGUAAACGCUCUGGAUGGCUACAACCGUACCGCGCUGCACUACGCUGCAGAGAAGGACGAGAGCUGUGUGGAGCUGCUGCUGGACUACGGUGCCCAACCAAAUGCCCUGGAUGGCAACAAGGACACUCCUCUCCACUGGGCUGCCUUCAAAGAUAACCCAGAGUGUGUGAGGGCCCUGCUGGAGAGCGGGGCCUGUCCCAAUGCUCGGGACUACAACAAUGACACGCCUCUGAGCUGGGCAGCAAUGAAAGGCAAUCUGGAAAGUGUCCGAGUUCUGUUAGAAUACGGAGCGCAGGUACAUGUGACCAACCUGAAGGGCCAGACCCCUAUCUCCCGACUGGUAGCCCUGUUGGCCCGGGGCCUGGGCACUGAGCAGGAGGAGGAGUGCUUGGAUCUGCUCUGCCGAGCAGCAGGGCGGUUUGAUAUCCGACGGGCCGACGGCACCCUUCCCAAAGAGCUAAGUAAAGAUCCCCAGCUGCUGGCCAGGCUCACUGACAUGGUGGCUCAGGCUCCCACGCUUCGCUCCCUGGCGCGCUGUGCCGUGCGGCAGAGCCUCGGCGCACAGUUCCUCCCCUCUGCUGUGAGUGAGCUUCCUCUACCAGAGACCAUCAAAGACUACCUGCUGCUGAGAGAGUGAUGUUGAAAUGAUCUGGGUGUUCUCAGACCUCACUGGUUGAUGAUCAAUCAUUCUACUAGAUUUAUUGUCAAGGAAGGGGGUCCGCUGAGUCAGAGGACAUGGUCUGACUUUGGCCCUGGUUUUAUCAAACCUUCUUGAAACUUAAUACAAAUGUAUGUACCGAGAGAGAUGAGCAAAAUCCUGUCUUUUUAAUUAUUUUGUCGUUAGACAAUGAAUAAGCAUUUAUUUAAGUGUGGUUGAUCAGUUAGAUCGGUGUAAGAAAAAGGAUCAGGCCUGCACCUCCCCAUUUAGUCUAAUUCAACAGGAAGAGCAACAUCGUUGUAUUGCUCCAUUAAAGGAAUGGGCAGGGCGGAAACUAACUUGUGUUCAGCUGAUCUAAAUGUGCUAAUUAAGAGCCCUCAAUUCUUGGUUCAAUUUUGUUGGGUGAAUUCACAGUAUAUUAGACUAUCACUUAAAAAGGCCAUUCUCAACUUUGAAGAGUGAUAAAAAACCCAAGAUUUGUGUGUGUGUGCGUAUAUUUCAGUUGAACUUAUUGUUAAACUGUUAUGCCCAGUGAUGCAAGAUGUCUUGUACAUCAAGUAGUGCAAAGCAAAUGUUUUAUUCGCUUGUUAUAUUUUAUGUACUCUGUAUCUUAGUUUAAAUAGCCACCUGUUUGUCAGCAAUAUUUUGAAAGCAGCACACACUUUUGAGGAGUAAAGAAAGAAUAGUGCCAGAUUCAAAUUUUCUUAUUUAUGGUUAGGCAGCAGAAGGUUGUUGAAUAUUAUUAUUGGUUUUGUUCAAUGUGCCACUUUAGUCUUCUAAAAAUACUCACUGCUGACAGCUGAGUAUUACCCACAUUUCCUCUCUUGUAUAUGAUUAACUAAUUAUUUGGGCUCUCUUCAUAAAGCGUGUGGUUCCGGUUGCCAAGUUGGUAAAAAGAUGUUUUCCGUUUUUUAAGACAGACAUUUGUUUUCUUAACCUGCAAAAGUUAAGGUUUUCAAGGGUGCUCUCUGGUUCCAGAUUUAAAUUUAAUUUUUUAAUGUUAAAACCAUAGAAUGGCUUGUGAGCUAAGUUUUUGUUAUUUAGGACACACUAAAUUAGGUUGGAAAAUACGGCGUGUUAAAAUUAAUAAUUUAAUGUCUUUAUUUUGUUUGCCUGUUCUGCAGAUGUGUAAAAGUUAACCCCAAGAUUAUGUCUUGUACCUAAAAAGGUUAUUCUUUGUUAAUGUACUUCGAGUAAAUGCCUUCAUAUUCCAGUCAUAGCCAACCUUUUUUUUCUGUUUUUCCUCACAAAAUAUAUCAUUAUGUUGGUAUACAACAUAAAUACAGCAAAGAUGUGAGUAAUUUAUAACAGCCAGAGGUUUUUAUUUAGCUAUAGUGAAACAUGUGUGUCGGCAGAGAAUCACUGGCUGUCCCUUUUAGUUUCCUGCUUGCCCUGAGCACGUUCAAUUCUCAAGUGAUCCUUUAGGGGUCUCUCUGACCAAAUCUCUAAAUUUACAGACAUGAAACUGCAAGAGGAUGAAAUGUUCGGUCUCUCCUGUAUUU